AUGCCGAUGGUCCGGCUCCUUGCCCCCGAUCUCCAGCGUGGCCUUCUGAUGGCCUUGAUGGCCAUGGACCAUCUCGCUCUCGGUCUAAAUACUUGGCAACAUGGUACAAACAUUGAUGGGGAGAUGGACGGUCUAAUAGUGCGCCGCUGGAACUUCACCACUGCCUAUGUCGUUCGCACAUUGACCCAUCUCUGUGCCCCGGGAUUCACGUUUCUUCUGGGAAUGGGUGUUGUCCUUCUCUCUCAGUCCCGCACACGUCUCGGAUGGUCGGCCGGCAGGCUGAUGCAGUACUAUGCUAUAAGAGGCCUCGUUUUGACUGCAGUCACGACGGCGAUCGGAUUUCUAGCGUCUGGAGGUCAACUAUGGUUCAUGAACGUGGUCUUAUUCUCACUGGCAGUCGACUAUGUUUUGGCAGGAAUGAUGUGGCUGUUGAUGGACCGGACUGAGAAGUGGCUCAGCGGCGUGCUGGAGAGAGGCCUUUUGAUGAUGGAUAAGCGAUCUGGGGCUGUGCACGUCGCCGGGGAUGAUGACAAUGAAGAUGAAGAGGGAGGAGUUAGCCAACCUUUACUACUUGGACGAAGACACGCUGCCAGAGAAAGCGAGAGAGCAGCAACAGCUUCAUCGCUAUCCUGGCAUGUGCACAACAUCUUCCUUGUCAUUCUUAGCGUCGUCACCAUUUGGUGGAAUAUCUGGUUGUCUGAAGACAAUGGCCGCUGCAGCGUCGAUACAGAGGGAUCAGACGGUUCCGCGUCGACUCAAUUCGUCCCUACAUCGAAGCAUCCUUUACUCGCCAUCUGGUUCUGGUUCGUUUCCAGUGAGCACGUCAUGUCAAAUUUCCCCCCUCUGGCGUGGCUCUCCUUUGCCAUUCUUGGACUUCUCUACGGCCGCAUCCUCUCUGUCAGGAAAUGGACAACGUCUGCUAUUGCCAUCGGCCACGCAUCUGCAGGUAUCAUCUUUUCCAUCCUUUUCGUUCUCACCAGACUUUUGCGUGUAGGCAACCUCUCGGAGGAUUGUCUGCAUACGCCUGCGCAGGAUGUCCAGACUGCCAACGAAAACCCCUAUCUUGCCUCGGCAGCAUCAUUUUUCUACAUUAUCAAAUACCCUCCUGAUGUUGCCUUUUGGGCCUUUACCCUAGCUAGCAACUUGUUUCUGCUCGGAGCGUUUAGCUCUAUCCCUGUGCACGUUGCAAGGCAGUUCGGUAUGCUUUUGAGCUUUGGCACAUCAUCCCUUUUCUUCUAUGUGGUCCAUCUAAACAUCGUCAUGUCUCCUGUGGGGACAUUGCUCAAAAACCUGUUUGGCACAGAAGCCGGGCACUCAGAUCCCAUGCAUCCAGGAAGCACCAGGGGCAUCACCAACCUUUUUGCGUAUUUUGUGCUAUGGUGUCUUCUACUGCUCAUCAUGUGGCCAGCCUGUUUCUAUUAUAGUCGCUUCAAGAGCACAAGGCACGCCGACUCUUUAUGGAGAUUCUUUUGA